AAGACAACAGCAGCGGCGCCACUACAACUACCAGCAAGCGCAGCCUCCCCCAGUUCACCGCUGCCAGCCGCCGGCGUGGGCAGGCAACAACUCCGCAUGUUCACUGCGCACUACAACUACCACCCGCAUGCGCAGGCGCGCAGCAGCUUCCAGUAAGCUUCCGGAACAAAAGCCUCCGCCGCCGGCGGCAGCCCACGAUCCAUGGCUUCCGGGGAGGGGGACUACGGAGACGCGGCCACCAUGCUGGCGCUGCGGCAGCUGUACGCGGGGUACGCCUGGGCAGACGUGGCGUCGCUCGAUCCGGCAGCCGUGGCCGCGGCCGCGGCCGGCGCCGCCGUGCGCGUGCGCGUGCGCGGCGCGGCGCAGGCGGUGCGCGCCGUGGGGCGGCGCGUGGCGUUCCUCGUGCUGCGGCAGGGGGCGGCCACCGUGCAGUGCGUGGUGGCCGGCGGCGGGAUGGCGCGGUUCGCGGCCGGGCUGAGCCGGGAGUCCGUGGUGGACGUGGCCGGCGUCGUGUCGCUGCCCCGGGAGCCCGUCCGCGGCACCACCCAGCAGCUCGUGGAGAUCCACGUGGAGAAGCUCCACUGCAUCAGCAGGGCCGUCCCCAACCUCCCGAUCAGCGUCGACGACGCCGCGCGGAGCGAGGAAGACGUCGCAAGAGCCAAAGCUGCAGGGGAGCAGCUCGUUCAUGUCGGGCAGGACAAGCGGCUGGACUACCGGGUCAUCGACCUCCGCACUGCCGCCAACCAGGCCAUCUUCCGCGUCCAGUGCCAAGUCGAAAACAUGUUCAGGCAGGUGCUGCUGUCUGAAGGGUUCGUGGGCAUCCACACGCCGAAGCUGAUCGGCGGGUCGAGCGAGGGCGGCGCGGCGGUGUUCAAGCUGGACUACAACGGGCAGCCGGCGUGCCUGGCGCAGUCGCCGCAGCUGCACAAGCAGAUGGCGGUGUGCGGCGGGUUCGAGCGCGUGUUCGAGGUCGGCCCCGUGUUCAGGGCCGAGGGCUCCGACACCCACCGCCACCUCUGCGAGUUCGUCGGCCUCGACGUCGAGAUGGUGCUCAGGGACCAUUACUCUGAGGUGUGCGACGUCGUUGACAGGCUGUUCGUCGCCAUGUUUGAUCACCUGAACAAGAACUGCGCCCGGGAGCUCGAGGCCAUCCAUAGGCAGUACCCCUUCAAACCGUUGAAGUACUUGGAGACGACGCUGCGCCUCGACUACGACCAAGGCAUCCGGAUGCUGCAGGAAGCCGGGGUCCACGUGGACCCCAUGGGGGACCUCAACACGGAGGCCGAGAAGAAGCUGGGUGAGCUCGUUCGAGACAAGUACGACACGGAGUUCUACAUGCUCUGCCGGUACCCGUCGGCGGUGAGGCCGUUCUACACCAUGCCCUGCUCCGACGACCCGCGCUACAGCUGCUCCUUCGACGUCUUCGUCCGCGGCGAGGAGAUCAUCUCCGGGGCGCAGAGGGUGCACGACCCGGAGCUCCUGGCGGCGCAGGCGCAGGCGCGGGGCAUCGACGUCCGCACCAUCGCCGCCUACGUCGACUCGUUCCGGUACGGCGCGCCACCGCACGGCGGGUUCGGAGUCGGGCUGGAGCGGGUCGUGAUGCUCUUCUGCGGCCUCGGCAACAUCAGGAAGACGUCGCUCUUCCCGCGCGACCCCAGAAGGCUGGCGCCGUGACGACGACGGCGCUCACGGCUUGCCCUGUGCAUGCCAAAAUGCACAUUAAUAAUAAGCUUACAUGUAUGUUUAUGGGGGACUGGAUUGCUUCUCCCAACUUUGCUCUGGAUUGACUCUGCGACAUGAGAAAAAGAAAAUACAUGGGCACAAGACAUCUACUGGCCUUAA